GAGCCUCCACAGCUGAUUUCACAUGUGACAAGCGAGUGCCCCGCGCCGCACGCCACUUCGCGCCAAAAUACCGGCAACCGAGAAAAAAAAACAAAAGAAAAAAAUAUUUGUCUAUGGAUUUAGUGAGUUUCUGUUGUUAGUGCAAUCUGUGAAUGUUGGUGGACUCAUCGGCUUGGACUUUUGUUUCGUCACUGAAGUGAAUCAUUUCUGGAUUGAUCGGGCCUUAUCGAUCGGUGCAUUGGAUUUUUGCGGAUGCCCGCCCCAUGCUGAGCGAUGCGGGAGAGCGCGUACCGCGGGCUGUCCCAGCACGUGGAGCUGGACCGCGCCGCCGACCCUCGAGACCGCUUCCAGCUGCACGAGCUAAUAGGGGAGGGGACGUAUGGCGAGGUGUACUGCGCACGGGACAAGAAGACCGGGAGGCGGGUCGCUGUUAAGGUCCUCGAGAACAUAACAGAGAACAUCGAGGAGAUCGAGGAGGAGUUCCUGGUGUUCCGCGACCUGUCGGCGCACCCCAACAUCCCCGAGUUCUUCGGCCUGUUCCUGAAGCGCGGCCCGUCCGCCGACGACGACCAGAUAUGGUUCGUGAUGGAGUUAUGCACGGGCGGGUCCGUGACGGACCUGAGCGCGGGCAUGCGGGCGCGGGGGGCGGCGCUGAGCGAGCCGCAGCUGGCGUACGUGCUGCGCGGGGCGGCGCGCGCGCUGGCGCACCUGCACGCGCACCGCUGCAUGCACCGCGACGUCAAGGGACACAACAUCCUGCUCACGGAGGACGGCGAGGUCAAGCUGGUCGACUUCGGCGUGUCCUCGCACCUCGCGGCCACCGUGGCGCGCCGCAACACCUCCGUCGGCACCCCCUACUGGAUGGCUCCCGAAGUGAUAGCCUGUGAGCAGCAAUUAGACCAGUCGUACGACUGUCGCUGCGACGUGUGGUCGGUGGGCAUCACGGCCAUCGAGCUGGCGGAGGGCGAGCCGCCGCUGUCGGGGCUGCACCCCAUGCGCGCGCUGUUCCAGAUCCCGCGCAACCCGCCGCCGAGGCUGUCCCAUCCGGAGCUCUUCUCCUCACACCUCGCCGAUUUCAUCGCUGAGUGCCUCGUCAAAGACAUGUCUCAGAGACCGUUCGCGAGAGAGCUGUUGGAACAUCCUUUGUUGCUUGCCGUCGACCACUUUGAGGACAAGAUCCGGAAAGAGCUGCAAGCCGAGAUAAAGCGUCAGCGGGCGGACGGGCGCAGCGCGCGCGCUCCCGACGCGACCACCAAGCGGGGCAAGCUGAAGUCCCACAGGAAGGCCCGUCCCGAGGUGAUGUACACGGACGACCUGGCGACCCUCGAGGCGCUCACCGAGGACGCCAUCGCUGAGCAGCUCUCCCGCAGAUACAACCAGAACCAGAUCUACACGUAUAUCGGCGAUAUCCUCGUCGCCGUCAACCCGUUUACUGAUAUCGGAAUUUAUACCACCAAGACCCAGCAACUCUACCAAGGUCGCUGCCGCUCGGACAACCCGCCGCACAUCUUCGCAGUAGCGGACGCGGCCCACCAGGCGCUGCUGCACCAGCGACAGAACCAGGCCAUCGUCAUCUCCGGCGAGAGCGGCGCCGGCAAGACCGAGUCCGCUAAUUUGUUGUUGAAGCACUUGGUGUUCUUGUCUAAGACGCAAAACCGCAACCUAGAAGAGCGGAUCCUCCAGGUCAACCCCAUAAUGGAGGCGUUCGGCAACGCGCGGACCGGCAUCAACGCCAACAGCUCGCGCUUCGGCAAGCACCUCGAGCUGGCCAUGAUGAAUGUGGGCCGGAUACAUGGAGCCAGGAUCUCGGUCUACCUGCUGGAACAGUCCAGGGUCGUGCAUCAGGCCAUGGGCGAGAGCAACUUCCACGUGUUCUACUACCUAUACGACGGGCUCGAGAGCGAGGGUCGCUGGCGUCGCUGCUACUUGGACGAGGCACUGCGGGCACGACACCGGUAUCUACAGCCACUGGCAGGAGGACACAGGGAGCAUAAUGUGCACCGGUGGAGACAGCUCAACCAGGCCUUUAAGGUUGUCGGAUUCCAAGAUGAAGAAAUACAAAUAAUUUACAAAAUUCUGGCUGCCAUUCUACAUCUAGGAGACAUCGAGUUCGGAGAGACCACUGGAGAGGACAACACGGAUAACCGUGCUACCGUCAUCGACACUGCGCCUUUACAUAGAGCGUCCUGCCUCCUCGGCGUGGAAACCUCUGAACUCCGCGAGUGCCUGACCAGCAGCAGCGUGGUGGCGCGCGGGGAGACCAUCGCGCGGCACUGCUCUCCCGCCGAGGCCGCCGUGGCCAGAGACGCCACCGCCCGGGGGUUGUACGCGAGGGCGUUCGAUAGGAUCGUGGAGCGGAUCAACGCGCUGUUGUGCCAGAAUCGGCCGCAUAUCACUGACCAACUCUGCAUCGGCUUGCUCGACAUCUUCGGCUUCGAGAAUUUCACGAGAAACUCUUUCGAGCAGCUCUGCAUCAACAUCGCCAACGAGCAGAUCCAGUACUACUUCAACCAGCACAUCUUCACGUGGGAGCAGCAGGAGUACAUGGCUGAGGGGGUUCCGGUAGACCUGGUGGAGUUCUCUGACAAUCGCCCAGUUCUGGACAUGCUGCUGUCCCGGCCUAUGGGACUGUUGGCGCUGCUGGAUGAAGAAAGCAGAUUCCCUCGGUCCACUGAUAGAAGUCUAAUCGAAAAGUUCCACAGCAACAUAAAGAGCAAAUAUUACGUCCGUCCCAAAUCUGAUGCAAUAUGCUUUGCUAUCCACCACUUCGCCGGCCGCGUGGUCUACCAAGCGGAGAACUUUCUAGAAAAGAACCGAAACUUCUUGCCUCCAGAAGUGGUUCAACUGAUGAGGCAGAGCCAAUACGACACCAUACGAUUCUUGUUCCAGUGCCCGAUCACCAAGACGGGAAAUCUGUACUCGCCGCUCCAAGGAGACAUCGACUCCAGGACAUUAGAGAGUCCUUCUAGUGAUAGAACUAGGGAACGAUUCAACAGUAGAGGGCUAGCCUCUCAAUCUCGAGCCCAGCAGACAGUCUCCACAUAUUUCCGAUUCUCGCUCAUGGAACUGCUACAGAAGAUGAUGAGUGGAACUCCUCAGUUUGUCAGAUGUUUGAAGCCGAACGACCUCAGGUCACCGAAGCACUUUGACUCUGCGAAGAUAUUGAAGCAGCUGAGAUAUACAGGCGUGUUGGAAACAAUCAGAAUACGCCAGAAUGGAUUCUCCCAUCGACUUCCGUUCGAUGACUUUUUGAAAAGGUACAGUUUCCUAGCGUUCAGUUUCGACGAGGAAGUGAAGCCGAACCGCGACACGUGCCGCCUGCUGCUGCUCCGACUCAAGCUGGACGGCUGGGCCAUCGGCAAAUCCAAAGUGUUCCUCAAGUACUACCACGUUGAGACGUUAGCCAGGAUUUAUGAAGAACAGAUUCGAAAAGUGGUGCUAGUGCAAGCGAACGUCCGAGGCUGGUUGGCGCGUCAGUACUACCACAGACUCAAGGCGCAGAUGGCGAUAUCCGUGUUGACGCUGCAGAGGCACGUCAGGGGAUGGCUGACGAGGAAGCGGCUGCAGGAGCGACAGAGACAGCUGGCGAGAGAGUUUCAGAUGGAGCAGGACAGCCAGAGGAGGCAACAGAAACCUGGUGCGCCUAACAAGAACAAAGCCAUGAUGAAAGCUAAGUUGCUGAGACGUAUGACGUCGCAGGAAAGUGAUACCAACGAAACCAACUCAGGGAAUAAAGAGAACGUUGACACGAAUAAAGCUGCAGUUGUUAUACAGAGCCACUUCCGCGGCUACACAGCCCGCCGGCGCUGGGCGAAGGGGCGCGCGCCGCCGCCCCCCGCGCACUCCCCGCCCCCCGCGCCGCACCUGCUCAUGCAGCAGUACUCCGUGCAGGAGCGAGCCAAGCAGCUGCAGACUUUCGCAGACCAGGUGCACAGCAAGAACCAAGAGGUGCACAAGCUGCUGCGUCGCAACAAGCCGGGCGUGCGUCUGUCGGACGUGAAGCGGCCCCCGCCCGGGUACCAGGCGCCGCCCGGGUUCACCCUGGUGCCCGCCAUCAUCAGGGGACAGCCCUCGCAGGUCGAGCAGGACGCUAGUCGACUGUCCAGUCCGUCGCCCGAGUAUCUCGAGAGCCCCGCCAUACCGUGGGACGAGCCCUUUCUCAAUAAAGACCACAUGUUCUCACCACAGAGGCUGAAGCAGUCGCAAUCGCGCAGCUGCGACGAAGAGAGACCUCUCCAAGUGAACCACAACUGGCAGAACCUGCAGUGCAGCCGGCAGUGCGGGGGACUCGUCAGCGACAAAAUAAACGAGCUGGUGAAGCAGGCGCAAAGAGCGCCACCGCCGCGGCCCAAGUACCCGCAGACGCCGCCCGACCCCGAGUCAGACUUCCGCAAAGUCCUCAGAAACUCCCCGGAGAUCCUCGCCACGCCUGUCUUCAGCUCCGACGACGACUACACCGAGGGCCCCUUCCGCUUCAAGCAGCUGCUGCGCCCCACCAUGGGCCCGACCGAGAGCCUGAGGAAGCGCAAGGUGCGGAACUCCCCCGGACAGAGCCCCUGGAUGUCCGACAGCUCCCAGGACAGCACCAGCUCGCGGCUGCUCUACAACAAGCGGAGACCACAGAUCAGCAUGGGUGUUUAUUAUAAUUAGUAGUUUUCCGAUAGAACGGUGGUAGAAUUGUGUUUUCAGUAGUUUUCGAGUCAUUUUUACGGUUCUUUUUUGCUAAUAGUUCUUUGUUAAGAUUUUUCCAUAAGUGUACUUAUAAAGUUAUGAAUGAACUUU